CAAAACAAGAAUAUACUUCCGGUGCAAGAAAGCAGCGCGGUGGAUUUGAAUGCCCGUCGGAUUUGCGACAGCGCAGAAGACACGGCAUUUUCUUCAUCACCAAUUCUUAAUUAAACUGUUUGACAAUAUACAUGUUGUAAGUUGUACAUCAAUGGACGUUGACAGAAUGAAGAAUGGAGUCCAGACCCAAAACAUCAAUGUGGAGGUUCAUGUUAAAUCUCACAGCACAGCUCAUCUGUCUGACGUGAGGAUGCAUGUCCUGGCUUUACUAAGUCGCCACAGCGUGGUUUUUGGAAACUACAGUUGGACAGAGUUUGAUGAAGAAUUCCUCACCAAACACAUUGUGUCUGUUGCUAUAGUUGAUGUCAAUCAAACAGUGAAGCAGCCCCUUGAUUUAAACAGUUGCUCUGUCUUCGUUCACAUCUUCACUUUGAAUGAAGACGGACCCAGCACUCUCAGCUUGGAGGAUGAUGAGGAGCUUUCAGCAGCUAAUCACUGGCUCCUGCCCGCAGCUGAAUUUCACGGGAUAUGGGAGAGCCUGGAAUAUGAGAGUGGAGUCAAAACGCAGCUCCUGGAUUAUGUCACAACCACAAUUUACUUCUCAGACAAAAAUGUCGACAGUAACCUGAUUUCAUGGAAUCGUGUUGUAUUGCUCCAUGGACCCCCUGGUACAGGAAAAACAUCACUGUGCAAAGCCCUUGCCCAGAAGCUGUCGAUUAGACUGUCAAACCGGUAUUCUUAUGGGCAGUUUGUUGAGAUAAACAGCCACAGCUUAUUCUCAAAGUGGUUCUCGGAGAGUGGCAAGCUAGUCACAAAGAUGUUUCAGAAGAUCCAGCAACUGAUUAAUGACAAAGAUGCACUUGUGUUCGUUCUGAUUGAUGAGGUGGAGAGUCUGACAGUUGCUAGGACCGCCUGUCAGGCGGGCACAGAACCUUCAGACGCCAUUCGAGUGGUUAACUCCGUCCUUACUCAACUGGACCAGAUCAAACGACAUUCAAACGUGGUCAUUCUAACUACAUCCAACGUGACCGAGAAGAUUGAUUUAGCAUUUGUGGACAGAGCUGACAUCAAGCAAUACAUCGGACCCCCUUCAGAGAAGGGCAUCUACAACAUUUACCUGUCCUGCCUGGAGGAGCUGAUGAAGUGCCAGAUCAUCCACCCGCGCCAGCAGCUGUUUACCAUCUCUGAGCUGGAGACGAUUGGCUUUGCAGAGAGUGAGGUGUGUGAACACAGCCUGAAGCUGAGGAAAAUUGCUCUAAAAAGUUUAGGUUUGAGUGGAAGAGCACUUAGGAAGUUACCAUUUCUAGCUCAUGCACUGUUUGUAAAGACACCAACAGUUACUCUUGAGAGGUUCCUGGAGGCUAUGGACCAAGCAGUAGCUAAACAGAAGGAGGAAAAAACGAACCUUGUCAAUGGCGUCUGAACUGAAUUCUGUAACCAAAAGCUGAGAUGGGAUGGCUUUACAUUUUUUAAAAAAGCUUAAUAACUUCAUCUGGCAGCACUGUAAUAAAUCUACAACAAGUAUUGUUAACUGCCUUCUAUAAUAUGUUUUUUUCAGGGUUUUUGUUGGUGCUACUCCAUUAACAGAACAAGAGUUUAACAUGGACCCACGCUCCUGCAUGAAUGUACCGUUAACGGUUAAACUGUUAAACUAACGUUCAAACCUCAAAUUGUUAGUUAGUUUUUUUAUUUAACAUGCAGCUUUGACGUGAACACUGGCAUCUUAUGUAGGUUCCCACUUUGAAAGAAAUCACAAGGAAAUACAUUGUUCAUUCAUCUACAGACUAAACCAAUGUUCAGCUUGUCUGUAACAUGAACUCUCCCUUUAACCAGAUUUUUAUGUGUUUAACUUGUUCAUGUGUUUGUUUCAAUAAGGGAUUUUUCUUUCCAUUAUUUUAGCACACUUGCUAAAUGUCUCUGCCUUCAUCAAAGCUUUAUGUAUAUACCACUGUAAUAAACACUAUUGUUUUGAAAUGCUUUAGAUGAAGUAUAUUUGUUGCUUUUUUUAUCAGUACUGCCUUGGUGCCACCACUUGGUGGCGCACAAACAUCAUGUAGUUAUCAAUAAAAAGACCUUUACUUUGA